AUGGGAGGGCAGGAAGAGAGGAAAUACAUGUACAGUAUCUUGGGUAUUGAGUGGAAAAAGGGUUUCAUCAGCGACAUCGCCCUACCGAACGAGGCCUACGAGAGGGAGCUGGCACUGCAGGAACUAGCACUUGUGUCCUCCACCCACGCCCUCAACCACUCCACCCACGCCCUCAACCACUCCACCCACGCCCGGCCGCCCGCCACCCCACGCCCACACCGCCCGCGCGACCCGCCACGCCGCCAUCGGAGGAAAGGCCACGAGGAGCGCAAGCGACGGCGCCGCCUGCACAAGAAGCACAAACACAGGCGAGGCGGGAAGAGGCGCGGGCGCGGAGGCUUGCGGGAUGGCGUGGGCGCCGCGGGGAGGCGCGCGGUCAGGAGAUCGAAGGCGCGGGGCAGCUACGAGCACCGGAGACAAUUGAGGGGCAGAGAGCGUCGGGCAGCCACCGCUAGGAAGGAACGAGUGUGGGACUUCGGAGUGAUCCCGUACAAGAUCGACUCCAACUUCACGGGGGCGGACAAGGGCCUGUUCAAACAGGCCAUGAGACACUGGGAGAACUACACUUGUAUCCGAUUUGUCGAGAAAACAGAGGAACAUCCGAAUUACAUCAUCUUCACGGAGCGGGAGUGUGGGUGUUGCUCGUUCGUGGGGAAGCGCGGGAACGGCCCCCAGGCGCUGAGCAUCGGCAAGAACUGUGACAAGUUUGGCAUUGUGGUGCACGAACUCGGUCACGUGGUGGGCUUUUGGCACGAACACACCCGCCCCGACCGGGACAACCACGUGGUGAUCAUCCGUGACAACAUCCAGGCGGGACGGUUCUGUGGUGGUCUGAGGUUCCCACAGACCAUAGUGUCGACUGGCAGCCGGAUGUUGGUCUCCUACGUCACAUCCGUCAAUCAGAACGGCCACAAAGGCUUCAGUGCCGCCUAUGAAGCCGUGUGUGGAGGCGAGCUGUCCAUGGAGGAGGGUCACCUGGAGAGCCCUAACUACCCGGACGACUACAGACCCAACAAGGAGUGCAUCUGGAAGAUCACCGUCCCUGAGGGCUAUCAGGUGGCUCUCAGAUUCCACUCAUUUGAGAUUGAGAACCACGAUGACUGUGUCUACGAUUACUUGGACAUUCGCGAUGGUCACGAAGAGAACUCCACGCUAAUUGGUGUUUUCUGUGGCUAUAAAAAACCAGAGGAUAUCAAAUCUGCAUCAAAUAAAAUGAGAAUCAAAUUUGUGACAGAUGGUUCGGUACAGAAAGCCGGAUUCUCUGCAACGUUUCUGAAAGAAUACGAUGAAUGUUCAAGUUUAGACCAUGGAUGUGAACACAAUUGUAUUAAUCAGCUUGGCAGCUAUGAAUGUCGCUGUAAAAUAGGCUACGAACUUCACUCUGAUGGCAAGAGAUGCGAAGACGCAUGUGGUGGGAAGAUUGACCAGCCAAAUGGAACAAUAACAAGUCCGUCAUUUCCUGACCUGUAUCCUGUAAAUAAGAACUGUAUUUGGGAAAUUAUUGCACCUCCUCAGUACCGAAUUACAUUGAACUUCACACACUUUGACCUAGAGGGAAACAAUCAAGAUUGUGAGUAUGAUAGUGUUGAUAUCCGCAGCAAGCUCGGAGUAGCCGAAAUGAGAAAACACGGAGUAUUUUGCGGACAGCGGCUUCCGUCAGUCAUAACAUCGGAAGGAAACAGUCUACGUAUAGAAUUUAAUUCUGAUAAUUCUGUACAGAAAAGUGGUUUUGCUGCAGUUUUCUUUACAGACAAAGAUGAAUGUGCAACUGAUAAUGGUGGCUGCCAACAUGUCUGCAAGAAUACUAUCGGCUCCUACGUUUGUUCGUGUUCAAAUGGCUUUACACUGCACGAGAAUGGGCAUGACUGCAAGGAAGGAGGAUGUAAACAUGAAAUAACUGCUCCAGUUGGAGAAAUCUUCAGUCCAAACUAUCCAGAUUACUAUCCUAGUCGGAAAGACUGCGUAUGGCAGUUUACCACAACUCCUGGGCACAGAAUCAAACUGGUAUUUGACGAGUUUGAAAUGGAGCCUCAUCAAGAAUGUACAUAUGACCACAUAGCCUUGUAUGAUGGUACUACCUCAGAAGCGGGUUUUCUAGGCCGAUACUGCGGGGCUAAAGUGCCACAUCCUAUUGUAGCCUUCAAUAACCAGAUGUUUAUGGUGUUCAAGUCAGAUUCUUCGGUGCAACGGAAAGGAUUUCGAGCUAGACACACAACAGUUUGUGGAGGAGGUCUGAAGGCCACCAGUACUGUCAAGCAUAUGUAUUCCCAUGCUAAAUACGGAGAUCAAAACUAUGAUAACAAAGAGGAUUGUGAUUGGAUCAUACAAGCUUCCCCAGGCGAGAAUGUCCAUCUCACAUUCUUGACGUUUGAACUUGAAGAUGAGCACGACUGUGGUUAUGAUUACGUUGAAGUGUUCUCAGGCUACAGUGACUCGGGGCCAUCUUAUGGGAAAUUCUGUGGUAAUUCUAUUCCUCAAGAAAUUGUGUCAAUAAAUGAUGCCCUCCUCGUGAGAUUCCGGUCAGAUGAUACAAUAAACACAAAGGGAUUUUCUGCUGCUUACGUUGCAAUAGCAGAGGAGACCUUGCCAGAAAACAUCACUGGUGAUAACAACAGUUUCAGUUACAGCUUCUCCAGAGGGUACUAACAGAGUCUUCAUCUGCAAUAUGAGCAGCAAUUAUGAGCUUCAACUCUGCUUCCCAUAUGCUCGCUUUCUUCUUCAAACUGAUGACAAACUGAGCUUUAUUGAAGUGCUGUACAUGAGCUAUAGAUGAUUUUUAAGAAGUGCUUACCUUGAAACCCAGAUUCAGAGUAGAACAUUUAUUCUUCUCUGGAUUUCCUUCACCUUACUCUAAGAAGAGUUGUGGCCAUAAUAUUGGAACAUGUUGCAGGAUCCAAAUUGGUCUACGGUGUCACUUUAUCCUUAUUCUCAUACUCCAACCCGUCUCCUUGUUCUCAUUCUUCAACCCUACAUCUCCUUAUUCUCAUUAUCCAACCCUUACAUGUCCUUAUUCUCAUUAUCCAACCCCCCCCAUUUCUCAUAAAAUCAUUAUCCAACCCCCCCCCUCAUCUCUCAUUAUCCAAUCCCCUUCCCAUCUCUUAUUAUCCAACUCCCAUCAUCAUCCAACCCCCCAACCCCUCCAUCUCCUUACUGCCAUUCUCCAAGCCCCAUCUCUUUAUUCUUAUUCUCCAAUCCAAUCUUUUUGUUAAUGCUAUGAAAUCUUUGACUACACCUUGACUGUCGUCAUCUCACAGUUUGAUGUUUAUAGAAUGUAGAUAAGAAACAGUAGUUUAUCACUGUGUAUAAUAUUGUUCUUGAUCAUGCCAAUACAGUACAGUGUAUGGCUGUAUCAGAUUUGUAGUCACAUAUGUUUUAAGUUUGGGUACAAGUACCUCAUCGUGAGUACUUACUGAGAGACGCUUCUUAUUUCAUACUUUUUUUUUUUUGUCAAACUUCAUUACAGUAUUUACUUUUGUGGGAUUUAAUACUACAUCCUGUUAAUAACUUCAUACAGUACUUGUUACAACGUGUAAAAAUUUCACCUCGCCCAUCUGAUGGCUGACAAUGUAAAAAUUGUAUUUAAAUAAACCAUAUUUAUUGUUGAAAUAUAAAAUGAAGUUAUAUAGAAAACAUUCAACGUUUUAAUCCAAUUAUCAGGGUGGGGUACAAUUUUAGAUUAUAAAAUACAACUCAUUUCUGUUAUGCCUUCAUUAAAUAAAUAGUAAAUUCAUAAUACUGUAUACCAAAUCAGUAAACACAUACAAAGAUUCCUAAAACUCAAGUAAUAUAUUUAGUAUCUGAGCAAAGAAAUCAAUUGAAAAAUCCACAUCUGAUUAAUGUCCCAGAAAAUUAACAAGUCAGAUUCAGGAAACACUGUCAAGCUCUUAAAGCAUGUUCGUGAAACAAUACUACUAACAGUACAGGGAACCGUGCAAUGAUUAAUUAUAAAUAAUGUGUUCAUAGGACCCAGCCAGCUGCUAGCAGUCAAUUACUUAUUAGCCAUAUACAUGGACACAACCCUAUAAGCCUUAUCUUUGUUUAUAUUGAAUAGAUUAACGGCUGUAUUCACACUCCACUUUUGGUGACAGAAACUUGAUGCAAAGGCAAUUGUUUUCAAUUGUCAUUACUAAUUUUAAAUUAGUCAUUUCAGAACUGAGAAAAAUGGAUCAUGAGUUUCAGGUUCAUAAGGCAUUACUCCUGUCAUCUUGUUCUCUCAAAUAUGUAACUUUUUCCUAACAUAGAAUGCUUAAUGCAAUAAAUACAUGUGCAUGCUUAAGCAAAAUGAAACUUCCAUCUGCGUGUGAUGCCUUUCAUCGGCAUUGCUAAGUUAGGUGGGCUAAAAUAUUGACAAAAUGUCAUUUUGGGUUUGGAUCACACGUAUUCAAUGCUCGGAUAUCAGACAGCAUCCUAUAGGUAGGCUGCAAAUAUGGCAUGUAAAAUAAAAUAUAAUAAACUGUAUCUGCCUUCCAGUUAGGGGUCACCACAGUGGAUUCUGAUUACAGCAAUAUGUAUUAACUGUAACUGUUAGUAGCAUGGUUUUAUCACUGUAUUAUAUAACAUAUCUCCCAUAUACUCUACGUUGUGGAGGUUCCGGAGAUCAAAGGCCCCACGGCCCGGUCUUCGACUAGGCCUCACUACUCUACAGUUAUCCAUAUUUUUAACGUUACAACUUUUUUUUAUUCUUUUUGUUUUUAUUAUUUAUUGCUUUAAUUUGCCUUUCUGUCAGUGGUUAAGUUAAAUUCAAAGAGUUUUGCUUCAUUUUUUAAGCACGAUCUAACAUCAAAGUAUUCAGGGGAAUUAGAAACAAAAACUCAAAAUCAAAAAUGUGGUUUAUCACCUGAUCAGCUGCAUAAUGGCAGCUUUUGAAGGUGGCUCCCAAAUGCCUGAUUUGGUGAUGGUUAAAAUAAUGUGUGUACUUUUCAGUUCUCCUCGCAGCUUCAAAUAAGAUACAUAAAGUAUUCCCACAAAAAAAAAAAUGGAAUAUGAGGGGCAUCACUUGCAACAAGUUUUCUAAUAUUAUCAAGAAAAUAUAUGGUUUAAGCACAAAGUACUUGCUGUACUGAAAGAUUUUGUAUACAGUAUAUAUUUUGCUUAAUGUGACUACAGUACUUGCAAAGAAAAUGGAAAAUACUUAUACCUCUUACCAUCAUAUUUAAUGUACUGUAUUUGUAAUGACCCCUAAUUUUUGUCUUGCUGUGAUCUAAAAUUAUGGUUUAUGUGGAAAUACAGUACCGGUCAGAAUGUAGACAACAUUGACCACUCAAACAUGUGGUCUCAAGUUUUUCCUGUAGUCAGCAAGAUGCACAUUCCAACUUCAGUACUGUAAUCUUGAAUCAUACUAUUCAAUAUAGUGUAAUUUUUAUAAUAAUGUAGUCUCAUUUUAGUAAUACAGUAUGAUUACAGUAUCAGUAUUUUUUGUGUUGACAUGCCAUUCUUAGACAAAAUUAGCUUUCAUAAACAUAUUUAAUAUUGUGGAAAAAAAAAUCCCCCUCAGAGUAACAAACUCUUAGAUAAACAAUAUUUAAUACUCUAUCUGGAUAUCAACCAAAGUCUUAUGAAUAUGUCAUUUUAUUUAGUGUAUAUUUAAGAGGUGCUGAACACUGACCUUGCAUCUGCGAUGACACCAGCACACGCUCGGACUCUCAGUGUAACAAGUGUCGGCGUCAGAUAAAAGUGUAUCUACAGAGUUGUUUAAUUUCCAGUGCAGUGUUCUUAAUGUCAUAGAAUAUUUAGAGUAUUACAGUAAAACCUUUGAAUAAUGAAUUGUAUUAAGAAA